AUGUUGCCCGCUCAGCGAAACAAGAUCGACAUCUCGUCCUUGAACGAAGAGGAGCAGAAGCUCUUCCGACUCUACGGCAAACUGCCUAAGAAGGACUUGUUGCAAAACAAGCUCAAGGAGCGCAAGUACUUCGACUCGGGUGACUAUGCUCUCUCCAAAGCUGGCAAGGCCCCACAACAAUCCGUCGGCACUGCCAUCCCCAACCCCGAGAUGAUCCCGCACGCCUCAACCGUCACAUCCCCUGGCCUCAACGCCGUCUCUCCUCCUGGCCAGCAAACUGCGCCGCAAUCCAUUCCCGUCAACGUGCCAGGCACUACCAGUCUCGCUUCGCGACCACAAGUCAGCGCUUUCCCAAUCAGCGGCGCAGGCUCGAGUCCAGGCAAGGAGACCAGCUCGCUCGGACGAGAAGAGCACGUCGUCAACGCCGAUGACGCUAUGCAAGACUAA